GCCACCCCUAUAUUCAGAUGUACGAUUAAAUCAAUCAGCUGUUUUACUUAUAUUGUGUAUUAAAAUAUGUAAUUAAAGAAUCUACGCGAUCCGAUGUUCUCCUACAUCAUUUCCCCUUUUUAGACAAAUUGCGAAGUAUCAAUUCCCUUAACUGGAUUCACCAAUUAGACCACCACAACCCCCCAGAAAACUAACCCCCUCCUCCCCUCCUGCAUAUAAAAAGUAGAAACAGCAGUACUCCAAAACAACACAAUAUCCAAUUCGAUCUGCAGCUCACAUCUCUCUUUCUCAUCAAUGGCUUCUGGGUCGAAAUGGACGUACUCGCAGAACAAGCGGUUCGAGGAUGUGCUGGCGGAGUACGCCGAGGACACGCCGGACCGGUGGCACAACGUCGCGCGGGCCGUCGGCGGGGGGAUGACGGCGGAGGAAGCCAAGUGGCGCUACGAGCUGCUCGUCAAGGACGUCGAGCUCAUCGAGUCCGGCCGCGUCCCGUUCCCCAAGUACGGUACCCCGCCGGGCGAGGCGGCCGCAGCAAAAGCGGCGGCGCGGACGGGGAGGAGAGGUUGAAGUAUUUAAAGCCCCAUUGAUGAGAGAGAGAGAGAGAGAGAGAGAGAGAACCACAGCUGUGUUUUAUAGGAUUAGUUGGUGCAAAUUAAUUAAUGAGGGGAGGUGAAA